CACCACUUCAACCUCUACUUGUACCCCAAGAAGUCCCCAACCACCCGCCGGCACCGCACCGGCCAAGCCAUGGUCCUCCUCCUCCUCCUCCUCCUCCUUCCCCUUGGCGACUCCCACACACUUGCCCAACCACACAUGCACAUGCGCGUGGUCCUCCCCCUCUCCCCUCUCCCCUUCCCCUUCCCCUUGCUUGUAUAGUUGCCAUUGCCAACCACCUCCUUCCUCGGCCCCUCUUUCUUGCCGUUUCUCCAACCAACACCCAAGAAACCACCCGCGACCGACGUCGGACGAUGAAGAGGGAAGGCCGGCAGCACGGCACCGUCCGGAUCAGCCGCAGCAAGGUGCUCAAGACCACCGCCGACGCCGACGCCGACGCCGAGUCGGCAGCAGCGGUGGCGUUCGCGCUGGCGGCGACGGAGAAGAAGGCGGCGGCGGGGAAGCCGACGAACGCGUCGAGGAGCACGGGCAAGUGCCGUCGUCCCCGGUGCGCGGGGUGCCACGCGCACCCCGUCACCAAGGCGCGGGACAAGGCCAAGGGCGCGCACAAGCUCCGCGCCUGCGACGUCGCGCUCAACCACCGCCUCGUGUCCUGGCGCGUCGUCGACGACCAGGGUAGCGGCGUCCCCGAGUACAGGGGCAAGUCCGCAUCCUCCCUGCUGGCCUACCUGGCCGGCGGAAGUGGGAACAGCUGGCACGAGGACGACGACGACACCAGCGAAGGCGGGAUCGGAGCGCCCGAAGCCGGGCUCUCUGACCUCUACGACCUCUUCGUCGGCCGCCGCGCCGACGCCGAAGCCGAAGCCGAUCCUGAUCCGGCGGCGCGUGAUACUGAUUUAGAUGAUGUAGGAGAGAUUCAAGCAAUUGGAGAGCCGGGGCUGCUGCUGGACGGCGAUGAUGGCAAGGAAGAUGGGGAUGAGAAGGAAGAAGAAGACAUGGGGUUCUGCAUGGUCGGCAUCACCAUCGCGGUGGAGUUCUCCGACGGCGAGGAGGACUGGAUCGUGGUGGAGGAGGUCUGAAUCUGACCCACAAUCUGAAUCCCAUCUCGUCGAAUUGGGAAUUGGAAUCUCGUCGAUUUCGAUUUGGGAAUUCAAUGCCAAAUUGCGAAUAAGACUCGCCCAUCCUCUGUCGGUGGUGUGUAUGUGUAUAUACUACUACUGCUCUGUUAAUUGCUUGUGUCUAUGUGCAUAUGGUGACUGUUAAACUGAUUGUGGUCAUGGAUUAUUACCUGAUUCAAAAACAUCAAUGAAUUUCUCAUCUGUGAAUGAAUAAUAAAGUGGAGAAGUGGUUUCUUCUUCUGUUCUGCU